AGAAAACCACGAAAAGAAAAAUAAAGAGCGAUGAAUCAACCUGACUUCACAUGAGCUCACGUUCUUCGUCACUUGAUAUUACUGUUGUUGUUUCCCUUCAUAAUGUCCACACGCACACUGUAAUUUGGAAAAUAAAGUUACCGCACCCCGAUCGCAGCAUAAGAUACGGGGACGUAGUAUCAAAAGUAGUGGGCCAUUUCUGUAAUACCCUACAUCUCUCCCUAUUUCGCAGCCCAGGUCGUUGGUUGCGCACGAUACCCCACGGGCCCAACCAGCAUACACGCAGGAGAUUUAUCUGAGCGCUCACUUGUGGCAGACAGCAGCUUCCUGGUAAGUACCUUGCGCAGCAGCCACAGCCGAGGAGAAGUAGGAGGGGCAAGGAUGAGGCUGUUCCGGUGUCUUGCUCUUGUCUUUCCGCAGAGCGGGUGCGCGAUGGACCGGGCGACGGACCGUUUCCAACCGAAACGGGCCGUUCUGCCGCCGAGAGGGCAGAGUUCUGCAGGAUUGGUAUUUGCUCAGGAUCAGCUGCACCCUCCUGCUGGAGCAGGAACACGUCAGGGAUCUUCUGCGGACGCUGCCCCCGGAGGGAUCUCCUGCUCAAACUCAGGAAUCUCACAACCAUUUGCGGCCGCCGGAAGCCGAGGACGAAGAUCAGCCAACGCUGCCGCUGGUAAUUCGGCGCGGUAUAAUCACCCGCGUGACGUGGAGGAGUGUCAGUUCGUUCCCGCACCGCAUACUUCGCAACCGCAUCGUUGGGCGGAUGGUGGUUGGGCCGUCGACUGUGGAUCGAACGGGGGUAACUGCUACUUCAACUCGUGGCACGAGGCCUUGCGGAUGUUGCACUUUACAGGCGGUAUGCUCUAGAUUUUUGUUUUUGUUUGGUAAGCUAAGUAAAAGCAAGGGUCUGCUACUUCUUCCCUUCAUCUCGUUCCGCUUGGACGAUCAGACACUCACUUGAUGGGUUUUGGCACUCAUGGUCACGAACAAAAAGCAAUGCUGCUGCAGCUUUCGAAAAAUGAUUAUGAUACUUCUGUAGGUACGUGAUUUCUGAGCCUGACCAGCACCAGAUUCUACAAUCAAAAACAAUAAAGACUUGGCACUGGGUGGAGCGAAUGGAAGACCCGAAAGCCUGCCUCGUGACGGGAGAAGCAUGCAUCAAGGUCUGGUCGACUGGCUCCGAGAUCGGGACAGCUACAAUUUGCGACGAAAGAACGAAGACGAGAUGCGACUGUACGACGUUUUCUCGGAUUAUCUUAUCGGCAUUAUUGAGGGCACCGGAAUGUUAUCGACGUGAACGUGAAAUAGGCUGAUUGUCGCUCCAAGUCCUAUUGAUUUAUUUUCUUGUGUAAUUCCUGAGUACUGAGUAGCGUCUCCCUGUCGCUGUCGAUUUAGAAACGACAGUUCCAGGUUCUUUUUUGUACGGCUGAUAGAGCAGUUUGCUCGUUUAACGUAAAAGCCCGUGUCCGUGACUGUCGCUCUCAUGGACCAACGAAAGCGACGGGCGGUUUUGCGGACGAGGAGUAAGAGAUACUCAUAGUUUCGUUCCCACUGCAUAGGGGGAUUUGCGGCUUCCGGAUCUUCCCAGCAGCAAGACCACUGGUGUGGCCCGGUCAACGAAAUUCCAGGCGGAUUGCUCGUACGGCCCGGCGCGCGGGUCUGUGGCCGUUUCCAGAAGCAUUUCAGAACCUGUGCAAAUGGACGCCGACAGCAAACCGUACGCGGGCAAGCCAAGAGCUGAGGGGGUUCUUGCGCGGACCGCCGUUUCGAAGGAACAAGGAAUGGUGCUACCAAGUGGAAGUACCCCUGGUAGCCAGACGCUCGGAAGCGACUUUUGCUGCUGUGGUCCGGGAGGGUCACCCAUUGCCGAGGACAACUCGCCGGAGAUCAAUUUGUUCGGACACAAGCAUCGCACAGGCGCUGCCGGUGUUUCAUCGUCCAGCCGAUCGCGAUCUUCCAGUUCUUUACCAGAAAGUGGAGCAAGGAUCGCCGGUUUCGGCGGUGCUGCCAGUGUAGCGCUUAUUCCGGGUGAAGGUGCCGCGACGGACGAGGAGGACGAGGGCGACCCGCUGACGCCGGAGGACAAACUUUUGGUGCAGCGAUUUCUGGAAAAGUUCCAGGAUCCCGGGAGCGCGUCUAUGGGAUCAGACCAGGGCCACGUCUUCCGCAACAACGCCGCCGUAGAGCAGGCGCUGGCGACCUGGUGGCAAGUGCAGCUGGUUCACGUGGGGAGCGGCGGACAGGUCAAGGCCGAACACGAACCGCUGUGGCUGCAUAGCGCCACGAGUCAACCGCUCCCAACGGUCAAAAUUUACGACUUGGGAAAGCACGCGCAAGCGGCCAUUCCACCGAAGCUGGAACCUAGUCGAGGUUUGUCUUGACCUUCCUGUCUUGGCGUGAGGAUGUUGACUACCGAAAUUCGCGGUGGCGAUUUGAAAUUCAAUAUCCUGGACUUGAUGUGCUUCUCCGGCCCCUGCGAGCUGGAUAUUUCAAAGAUGAUCGAUACUAAAAAAACAUGUACGAUUUUCACUUCGUAAACUCGUCUGACUGCAGCGUGAUUGGUGCUGAAAUACGAGUAUUACUUCCAGCCGCCACCAUAAGGGCUCCAGCAGAGAAGGAAUGGGCUAUUGGUUUUUUGGGUGGCCUCUUUCUGGUAUAUGACUUUUGAAAGCCGAACGAUGGAUGACAUAGAACCGAGAUAGAAGCUUCGUUUUUCCGAGCCGUGGCUGCACUGUGAAGUAAUCUACUUGUGUGAAG